CGAAACUUAAUUUUCGAUCCCUCUGCUUUCCCUCUCUCUUUUCGCUUUCAUUGGGAGGGAAAAACCUCCAAACUUCUAAAAUCCAAUCCUCUGUUUUCGUCUCUGCAAAAACCAGGCUAGGGUUUCUUCUGAUUGCUCCAGCUUCAGCUCGAUCUCUCGUUCAAUAUCUUUUUUGAACUCAUAUUCUGCUCUUUUUCCGGUCUGAUAUCAGUCAAAGUUAACAACCUGCUUCCCUCCGCUUUCUGUGAUCUUCUUCUGGUUAAAGUUUUGCCUCAGUGAGCUUGAGAUUGGAACUUCUUCCCAGCAAUUUGGAAAAUGCAGACAAAGAAAAAAGGUCAUGGGAGAAAUGCUGCUCGUGAGAUUGUCAGUCCCAAAGUUCUACGAUCUCAAAGAAAAUACAAUGAAACCAUACAAGUUGUAGAAAAGAAUGUUACUGAACGAUUAAUAUCCUCUGCUAGAAAACGUACUGUUGGUGGUUUGCCAUCAAAAAAUAAUGAAGAAGAUGUUUUAACCGAUUUGAACAUUAAAUAUGAUUUUCUACGCAAUGAGAGUUCUGGUGCUUGUUUGGACCACGAUGCAACUGAUGGUGCUACCUUGGGCUUCAAGGCUUAUGAUGAUGACAUUGAUAAGUCUGCAUCAGAAACCAUAUUUUCUCCUGCUUUUCAUGCAUCUGCUCACGCUGGAGGAGAAGCUCAUAAUGGAGAUCUAGGGGAUGCAGGUCUAUCAUCUGAAGUAUCCGCUAUAUAUCUUGCCAUGAGGAACUCUAAGCUUGAGUGUGUCGAUGAGCAUGCCCAUGAUACUAUGGCAGCUGAAGUUCACGUGCAGGAUGAUGAAUACGAGGAAAUCGACGAUUUUGAUCCUUAUUUCUUCAUCAAGAAUCUGCCUGAUUUAUCAGCAGUCGUCCCAACUUAUCGACCUAUGCUACUACCAAAACAGACUCGGAGUUGCCCUUCUACGACUCUUGUUUUGGACUUGGACGAAACUCUGGUGCACUCUACACUCGAGCCAUGUGUUGAUGCCGAUUUUACCUUCCCUGUAAAUUUCAACCUCCAGGAGCAUACGGUUUAUGUACGAUGCCGACCUUAUCUCAGAGACUUCAUGGAAGCAGUUGCCCAACACUUCGAGAUCAUCAUAUUUACAGCUAGCCAGAGUAUUUAUGCAGAACAGCUCCUGAAUGUUCUUGAUCCAAAGAGGAAAAUAUUUCGUCACCGUGUUUUUCGCGAGUCGUGUGUUUUUGUUGAUGGGAACUACAUCAAAGAUCUCUCAGUUCUCGGGCGUGAUUUGGCACGCGUUAUCAUCGUCGAUAAUUCUCCACAGGCAUUUGGGUUCCAAGUGGACAAUGGAAUCCCAAUAGAGAGCUGGUUUGAUGAUCGUUCAGACAGAGAAUUGCUUCUGUUACUUCCAUUUUUGGAAACGCUUAUGGGAGUUGAAGAUGUGAGACCACUUAUAGCUCAAAAGUUCAACCUUCGCCAGAAAAUAGCAGCUGCCGUUUAUCCCUCGCUGAAUUCAUUUGAAAGGCAAGCCGCUAAUAUGUAUUAAGAUUUUGUGAAGAUUGUUGGAAUAAGAACUAACCAUAUUCUCCCUA